UACUGUAGGGGCAUCAGUUCUUGUUAUCCUAAGGUCAUACUAGUCAGGGCCACGAUUAUUUGUUCAUCAACAACCUUUACCUUACAUUAACUGAUGAGCUGAAAGUAAGCAGAAAAAUGACGAGGCUCGACCAUCUUUUCGUCACGGGUAGCGCGUUGCUGACUGCACUUCAGCAUGCCGCACAUGCGUCUCCUGCGUCGACGCUGUCGGCAUCUUCAUCUGCCGAUUUGGACGUCAGGGUAUCGGAAGUAGAUCAGGUUGACGAUGCAAGACAAGAUGAAACAAUCACUGCUCCAAAACGAGAGCUUCAUCCAGGUGCUAUUGCCUACGGUCGUGGCUCUUGCGGUGAUGAGUAUAGUCGAGCAGAAAUAGCCUACAACUUUCCCAACAUCGCUGUGGAUUCGCUGUUUGUACGAAGGGUGCAGACGGUAGAAAACCCCUACUUCUGGACUCAGUUCGAAACGACGAGGGCUGAUCUUAUGAUGAGAGGACUAUAUUACAGGCCACGAAAUCGUAAUCGAAAUCAUCACUCGCUUCCAUUUUCACAAAAUGUGUCCUGCUGAGUAUCGACAGAAAUUGACAAUGUAUCACUUCACCAGCACGACUUCUGCCACGCACUCGCCAUGGCACUCGCCAUCAUUUCCUCCAACUCCAUCUCUAACAGCCAAGACUUCUACAUCUCUGCCUGGACACCUGAGAUGGUUAGGUUUCAGGACCGACAAAGCCUCAACGGUUUCAUUUUCGGUCCCGGCUUGCCACUGUUGACAGAUUCGGAGCUAGAACGCGUCGCCACCAUCUUGAUGGAGCGAGGCGGACAAGAUGUCAUGGAAAAUAUGCGGCUGGCGACUGGCAGGUCGGUGAGUUUUUUUCUGAAUGUCGGUCCCAGUCGUGUGGUAUUAAUUAAUUUUUUCAUGUGGUUACUUACAACGUCUUUUUCUACUCAGUCUCGCUCACAGGAGAUUUAAGUACAACUUUAAACGCAUAGUACUUGCUACACGACCAAGUGCAUACGAGGACCUGGUUGAAUCAUGAAAGACUGCGUCCACAACAUCCCGUAACUACAAAAAAUUUUCAGCCAAGACGCAACCAAGUUGAAGUACGAUGAAGCCGUUUUCCGAGCUCAGAAUGGCAAGUUGGUCCCAAAGGACACCUUUUUUCAUCGCGGAGUUUAUUGGUCAUCGCCUAGCAGUGAUUUGAUUCGAAAGUGCCUCAAUAUUGGUAACCUGAAAAGUCAUCCGAUCAUGAGGCUUAUGGCUUAACAGAGAAAAAAGUAGUAUGUGACAGAAGAAUGGGAAUCUAUAAGUAAGAACGAAGUGGUACUGACCUGGAGUAUGGAAGAACAAGUGAAGAUCAUGGUUAAUGAUGAGAGCAACUCGUUGCAUCUUCGACUCUUGUUGAUUCUUUUCUGAAGAAAACGAAAACGCUACAGAGUCGCCAUGACAAGCUCUCGACAAUUCAGGUCACUUUCCACACUUCUCGUUCUCUCUAACUUGCACUAUGCCCAAGACUUACCGCCCAAUUACAAGCAUGCGAAGAGUUCGUUGCCUACGCUUAGCGAUGAGGAGAAGCUCCGCUGCAUGCAGAGGCUUAACAUGAACGCCAUCUACGCAGAUUUCUUGGUGCGAAGUGCGCAAAUGUUUAUGAAGAAAAAGUUGAAGUUAAAGUUUGGGUGUCCAAACAUUUCCACGUAACUGGAACUACCGUUUUUACCCCUGAGACUACUGUAAGUGGGCAAGUCUAUCACUUUAUCUCACAAUGCACCCAUGUGUUUACUGCAAUGAUCCAUCUUCGUCCUAAGUAAUGGAACUAGGUCAAAACGACCACUCUUCCUCACUCUGUCUCUUCCUCUUUCAUAUCCUGGGACUUUUGGCUUUAUUCCGAGACACGUUACCUCAGCACGCCUGGCAGAUACAAGAUGGUCUCGUGGUUGGUACCAAGUGACAUCAGCAUGCGAGAAUUUGGCCAACUAACGAAUGCUGUGGCGGGAACAAACGCAGCGAUGAAAGCACCGGUUUACAAUUAUGAACUGGUGAUGUAGUCGUGCUUGUAGCUAAAGGACUUUUUUUCACAAAAUAUUGCUGAAAGCGUCUGAUGUGAAGGUGAACUAUUCGUCCGCUGUACUAGAAGUUGGGUGCUGCAAAACGCAGACAACUUGUGCUGGACCUGAAGAAAAGCACUUAUUUGAGAACUCUCAAUUACCUGAUUCUACUUAUUUCCUGACAAUUUCAUCUUUUCAUACCAUCAGACCAGUGAUUUCUGGUAAGUACGAGCUUACUUUGGCACCGAACAGAUGGGGUUCGGCGAAUAGCUCGACGCUUGCGGAAGCUCAAGCUCAGGGAACGACUUGCAGCUGCUCUGUCAAUGCAAUUUAUGUCAUAGUGAGUGAAUAUAAUCAGGAUCCGGAUCGAUACUUAUAAAUAUAUAAGGUGGCUAUCUUUGCCGAGGUCUUCAUCAAAGACUUUGCGGAAUUCGCAUUCGCUUUGAGAGAGUGACGCCAAGGGGUGGGGGCAGCGGAUACUUCUCGAAAAGGCCGCCCAGCAGACGGGCCCACCCGCUGCCGAGGUGGGGCGGUCGGGUCGCGAUCGGAGCAGCUGCCCACCUGAUAGGGGUAAUUAGGGCGCUUGCUUCUGGAAGAGCAAAGGGCCGGCGCAGUGGUGACAGGCGCAAGACGAUGAAGGACAGGCGGGCCGCUGGCUAAGGGGCAGCGCGGUUAGCUUUCUGCCCGGGUCGCCCUUCCAAGUGUUUGCCUUCGAGUUCUUUGGCAAGGUUGCGGCUGAAUCCGUGAGGGGGCACCGCUUUGGAGGACUCGGGAAGCCUCUGAAGGACCAAGGGCGCCGAUGCAGCGAAUAGGCCCCCAAAGACAGCGGGGGCGUGUCUAUGGUCCCGGAGAAGCAAAAAAAAAAACCAUGCGCGGGCCUUCGUCGUAGAAAAAAAAGCCACCGUCCCAAAUGAAGUAGAGAACUACCCCCGCGCUGGCCGUCCGGUCGUUUAAGCGCUUGGAGGAGAGAACCACACUAGCGGAGUGCCUGCGCCUCGUGCAAUUCAAUGCAGAACCGGACCCAUCAGACUAGGCAUCGCGAAACAAGCGACGGGGCGCGCGGCCCACAUGCUAGACGGAGCACCGUCAGGCGAUGCCGUAAGGGCUCCACGCCGCAUGGUUAGCGAGUGGGCAGCGGGGGGGGGCCGCGCUUCCUUUUCCACUUUUCAAAUGUCGCCACGCCGUUCCAACUGCUGGCAGACGCGCCCGCGUACAUGGCUGGCGUGUCACGACAUGCGGGCGGAUCUUUCAGCUUUCGCCACUCCCAGCGCCUACGACCCUCGGGACUCCAAAGGGGGGCCCCUGUUGCGUGUUCGUGCGGCUGCUUAUGUCUCACCGGUUGCCAGUCGUCGCACUUCGGGCGACGUGUCAUUGGAUGGGGAGCGUGCCGACAAGAAACGCCCCAAGCUUGUACACAGCGGGCGCAUAAGGAUACAAACAGCAUGGCCAGCCUCGAAACCGAUGGCGCAGGGGAAAACCCCGGCCAGCCUCCUGCGGUUGAUCCACCUGGACAACCCGCACCCGGCCAGUACUCACUCUGCCUGGCGAUUUGGUUGGGCUUUGGUCUCUGUGUGUAGUAAAAAACUCGACAAAAUUAGAGAAAGACAAGCGGUCUUGUGCGUCUGAAAAAGUUGGGGCAUGCUCGUGCAAGAUUUCAGCGGGCGUUUUCAAUUUUGUCGAUCCAUCUAGAACUGGCGCGGGCGCUGGCUUUCUGGUGUUUUAAGUUAGUAGCUGCAAAACCUUCGCAAGCUUCUGCUAACCUAAUGCUUUGCGCCGAUGGGUGAAGAUACAGAAGUCGCGCAAACCUUGCGAGCGAGCCCCGCCAGAGUCUGAGGCCAGAAGCUGCGGGCGCUUGUUCUGUGUCUCUCCAUUGCAGCCUGCCGCCAGCCUGCCUCGCGCGAGGCAUUCGGGCUUGGGUCCAAAAGCUUCCAAAAAACAAAGCAGAGGGCGCACCCUUCGCAUGUUCGAAGCGCUGGGAGAGUAGGCGGCGCCAUCUCCAGGGCAUUAGGCUCCAGGGCCAUACCAUUAACCAUAGCAAAGCGCCUGGCGCUUCGCUGCUCUAAGCUUCAGAGCAGGCUCUCUAAGAUGCCUGCGACUGUUUCGAGCUCAGCGACAGGCCACGCGAUCGCUGCAGACCGACGGCCGCGUGCUUUGCUUUGGUUCUUACUUUCGAACUGGUCGCCACUGGCUUCGUCCCGCUCCGGAUCAACUACCGCGCCGCCGCCUCAUGUCGAACGGCGCCCAAGGUUUUGCCAGAGAGAGAAAGAUCGCGCGUGGCCUCGAUUUACCACACCACGCGACAGCGAUGCAGCAGGGUGGGCCGUGCAUGUAGUGGGCUAGUCGUUGCGCCUUCUGGCCGCGCCUGGGCUGGGGUGUGCAUAAUUGUGAGACCUGCGCCGCAUUGGCGCCCUGCGUGAGAAAUAUGGCCAAAAAGUUAACACGGUCGAGGUAAGUUCUUCUCGGAGUAGGUCGAGAGGGUUUUUUGAAGUAAUUCGAGGGGGCUCGGCUCUUGUUAUUCAGCGAGCUCCCUCGGCUGGUUGGUGCUCUCAGUGACAGCUUAGCAAUUGGGCUGCGCCUUGGGGAUUUGCUCGUUGGAUGGAACCACGCAGCACCUAGGUGGAGGCUUUUUGGACUGUCCAUCACCAGGGACGACUGCGGACGCGUGUGACGCAAGAAUGGCCAGGCAUGCCUCUUCGCUGGAAAUGGGUAGGGAACUCGCGGGCCAUAUCGAUGCGGGCCCGUUGCUAGCCAUGCGUGCGCAGGUGAUGAACACUGGGCCCCAAGAUAUUUGCGGCGACAACAGCCGGGGCAAUGAAGUGGGGGCGAAGGAGUUGGACUGCGUGCGUUUUUUUUGGGGGCUCAUUUUGUCGGACCUUGGGCCGUGGCGUCUUCUGGCAGGUUGUUGCGCUGUUGUGCUUAGUUUGUUGGUAGGUCUGUGGCAGGCAUCGCGUGGCAGCAAUCAAAGCAGACGCCUCGGCGGGCUCGGGGCUUUGGUUGCCAUGGCUGCCGGGCGGGGUUCGUUGUUUCUUGCUGACUAUUGGCAUGCAGCGCUGGCAAGCUCUGGACGCUGCUCGAAGCAUGGCGCAUGGCUUGCGUGCCGGGUUGGUGCUUGGUCUUUGUGUUCUUAGUGAUGCAUGGUUCUCAGUCAGGUCAGGGCGUCGCGCGUUCUUUCUUGGUGUAUCAUGGGUGUUGCAUGUAGCUGACCGGCGCGUUGGGAACUGAGAUCUUAAGCCACAGAUUUGGCAGUUGAGCAGAUUGCACGUUAGGCUCGCAUGAUGCGCGAUAUAUAGCGAUCGUCCAUGAAUGACACCGGUCUUGGUCUUGCUCAUGUUAUUCAGUUGUAGGAAUCGUGGCCGUCCCGUCUAAUCCUCAGACUGGAUGGAGCAGCAUACUUCGCGUGUAGGAAUCUUUGCUCGCACUUUUUGGGAACAGCAGUCACCAUUUUUCUGGCUGAAACGACGACCGGCCAACGCGCUACUUCCAGUGGGGGCAGUUAUGGCUGAUGAAUGUUAACAAAUGAGCAUUGUUUGAAGAGGUUGCAUUCUGGACCGUAGCCACGAGCUGCAGAAUUCAUACAACUGGUUUCAGCUCUGAUAGUGCUUCAGCGGUGAUCAUUAAUGUACGGAGGUGCAGCACGACUGGCUGAAGCAGAUGGAACAGGCUUAGCACUAGCACUUGCACUUUUAUCUUCAAAAAUUCAUGAAACAGAAACAUUCUUCCCGCACUGUCACCCUUCUAAUAACGAAUUAUCAGGACGUCAGCCAGCUGUUAUGCUUCUGCCCUGGGGGACAGAUUUGUUGGAUUCCUUACGAGACACCUUUGCUUUCCUCGCUUAUGCAGAUCAGACGCUUUUCAUGCCGCCAAGAAAACAUCAGGAGAACGUAGCAACAUCGCUUUGGAAACUUCUAUUUCCUACUUGUACUUGAUCACCUGCAUCUUCGUCUCGGUCUGUGUCAAUUUGCUUUUCAACGGUUUUUUUUUUAUCCAACCAUCUCUAGUCGUGUAGUCGUGCUCACUCUUGUCUCUCGUCACCAUUCCAUCACAAUCAAUUUCAGGGCUUCGCCAACGUCACUGCCUUCGAUGCACGUAAGCUUGGCAUCCCAGACCGCACCUCUCAAUGCAUCAGCAAGCCGAAAGUCGCCUCUCUUCCUGCAGGCGGCAAGAGUCAUGAUCUUAUCGAGUGGUCAGGUGUGUUUCAACUCGAAUAUGGGAAGACGUACCACUGGACCUGGCAUGGUUACCGAGAACUUGGACCAGAUACCUUCCGAUAUCCAGAUGCCGCCGUCGACGUCCUUAUCGUGGCGGAAGAUGACUGGUCAUGUGCUAAAAAGUCGGGUUAUGGCUAUUACUUUUGAAACAUUCGAAGUCUUCUAAUAUCUGCUAGUGCAGCUUCUACAACAAGAACUUCAUUCAGAGUUUUUAGUAAUGCGAUUACCAGACAUGAUCCUCAUACUAAUGCACCUUGCAACUCUAAUACACCUUGCAAGACCACCAAGGCAAGAUCCUCAAGGCUGCAUCGCCAGUUUCUGUCCCGCCGCAAACUACUUUAAAUGCUACAUUCGACGGCAGCGCGCGAUCAAAGUAUGACGGCGAUUUUUUGGAACUAACUGAUGGCUUGACAUACCGGAUUCACAUGAAUAACGUCAAGAAAACCGCUGCAAAGGAUAUGAACGGAGGCGCUUUACCUCUGAAUUUGGCGAAAAUGACGCCUGAAGGACCUACGGUUACCGAGGCAGCACAGUUGUUAAGGCUUCCACAAAUUUUGAUUUGUCUUGAAGAAAGGUAUCUUCUUUACCGUGUUUCUCUUCAAGGGAGAAAAAAAGCAGAGAUGAACUUCAGGAUGAGUAAGUACUACGUAUAGGUAAAAUCUAAAAGUGGCAUACUUCAAGUCUGCUGCUGGAGCGUCAGAAGCUUCAGCCAUAGCGACAAAAUUGCCAGCGGUAGAACAGGGUAAGUGGCACUUCGGAUCCGUGGAGACAACGGUGAAGUUAACACGUCCUGUAUGGCGUUGAGAAGUGCACUCAUUCUCACAAAAUUUGCUACUAUUUAAGUGGGAAGCUAGCUAAUAUUUUGACACCAACUAUGAGUACACUUUUUAUUCCUGUCAUAUUUCGCAGCAGCGAGUCAUACUAGUAAGUACUACUUUCUGUCGGUUUACACACAGCAUCGACCCGAGGAAUUUAUGGCCGGAUGGCUCCAGGAAGUCGAGGACAUCCCGAACGCUGAGGCGAUGCGCACCGACCACGACAGCAAUACGUUUGUGCCGGAUAAGGUCGUUAGGCGGUUUGUAUACCCGCAAGCGGAGCAGGUGUACAGUGGAGACGUCACUGCGGGAGCGAAUGUGGCGGCGUUAUGGGAGGUUGGUGAUCUAUUUUUGAUCAGAGAGAUAGAUACACAUACAAAUUCAUUUUCAUAUUCGACCAUAUGAAUUUCCCAUCAUGAUCUUCAUUUCUGCUCGUCAAACAAGAAAACUUAUAAACUCUUCUCCUUGUUCACCGUCUAAUCGGAACCUACGGCACUGACGGUUACAGUGGAGGCCUCUCCUCACGAAGGUGUGACAGGUGGAGAGACGCGGAGACCGAAGGUGUCGCAGAUACGACUAUCUUUGCGAGUACCGGUUUGGACAGCCUACAGACAGCGUUGCUAAAAGAAGGAAAGGGCGACAACCUCGGUAUCUUCAGGGGUGAAUUGGGUGGCAUGUUCUACGCACUGUCCGCUGCCAGUCCGAUGAAGGGAACGCUGUCGCGAACUUUAAGGCUUCUUCUACCUGGCACUUGAUCAUUUUGAUAUGACUCCAUCCUACUUGUUCUGGCAGACUCUACUAUAUCACAGAGACAGAUGACUAGACUCUACUAUAUCACAUCAUGACUAGACUCUACUAUCAGAGAUGCACGAUACAAGAAGUACAGCUUAACACCUCUAAUCCAGCUGGUCCUUACGGUUGCUGCUUUGGUGACGAGCACUAUUUUCUACGUGGGACUCUAAUGCUUAGGAGUUUGGCACAUUGAUUGUAGUUCGUCACAGUUACUGCAAGAGAAUCAGAAUGAGUUUUUUGGCCGCGUAUAUUUUUCUCGUACAACGACGUGUAUUGAUACUCUCGAGAAAUAUUUCCUCUUGAACAUCCGCGUGCUUUCCAUAUUGAACUUGCUUGACAUUGAGUAGUUCUUAUCUUUCGUAAUUAUUUUUAGCGGCCAGCACGAUCUACCACAACAUCCGUUACCUAGGAGAAGGGGUACCCCCUAUUAGGACUACUUAGAUAUCAAGAAAAUAUUUAUCGUAGCACUAGCAAAAAAAAUACCAAGGAGAAAAGUAUCACAUGACUUCUCCAUCAGAAACAAUCUGGUUCUGAAACUGACUCCUGUAUCCUCUGGUGAUACGCUCAGUAAAACUAGAAAGCGUUAGUCGGAUUCAAAAUUGUAAAGUGGAUCCAUUCCUCAGCAUCUUCUGUUGUUGACAAGACAACCUCUUCCAGUUCCAAGAAAGACUACCUAAGCAACUACUACAAAAAUACCCUAGAACGAACAAGAAAUCCUCGUACAGCAGUGAUGGCGUCGGCAGUGGCCAUAAAU